AUGUCCUCAGGAGUUGCCACUGCGACUGGAAGCGGGAAGGGCGUCGGGGCGAAGCCGUUCGUUCGUGAGACGCGUAGCGUGAAGAUCCCACACCACCGCUUUCCCGCACUCAAGAAGGUGUGGAUGGAGGUGUACACUCCCAUCGUCGAGCAGUGCAAGCUGGAGAUUCGCAUGAAUCUCAAGGCGCGCUGCGUCGAGCUGCGCACGUGCCCCGCAACACUCGAGGCCGCCGGUGGCGACGGCGGCAGCAGCAAGGUCCUCCUGCAGAAGGCGGAGGACUUCGUCAAGGCGGUGGUGGCCGGCUUCGACGUGAAGGAUGCCAUUGCCCUGUUACGUAUGGACGAUGUGUACAUUGAGGGAUUCGAGGUGAAGGAUGUUCGCGCCAACCUGCAGGGCGACAACCUCUCGCGCUGCAUUGGCCGCAUGAGCGGCUCUCACGGUAAGACGAAGUACACCAUCGAGAACGUGACGCGGACGCGUAUUGUGAUUGCCGACACGCACAUUUGGGUGAUGGGGACGACGCAGAAUAUCCGCGUGGCAAGGGAUGCCCUCUGCGACCUGAUCCGUGGCAGUCCGGCGGCGAAGGUCUACACCCGCGUGCGCGCCGUGAUGAACCGCGUGAACGACACGUUUUAG